AUGGCAGCCAACUCCCAACAGUUUGGAGCUCGUCAUGAGGUUUCAGUUAAGGGAGUAAAUGAGACAAACUCUAAAGUAGAGCAGCAGCUUGCGCAGCUAACUAGUAUGGUUCAACAAAUGGCUUUAGAGAACACUACGGGUCACAUAGCCACUUCAUUAAGUCAAAGUGCGCCACAAAAUCAAGGAAAGUUACGUUCACAGCCUGUUAGGAAUCCAAGGGAGAAUGCUAAUGCCAUAACAUUAAGAGAUGGCAAGACUUAUGGUCCACCUUCUAUGUCAUCAAGUUCAAACGAUGCUACAUUGCCUCCUACUUAUUCUGCCCAACAAGACAAAGAUGAAACCUUGACCACAACACCCAAACCUAAACCAAAUUUUCCCACUUAUGUCACUACUCCUCUAUUUCCUAGUCAUUUGAGAAUGACAAAGAAUGAUGAAGCUGAACAAGAAAUACUAGAGACUUUUCGCAAGGUUGAGGGUGCUUCAAUCAAUGUAAUCCUUUCCUCUAUGUGCACCUCUUUAAAUUUGGGACCACUUGAAGAAAUGGGGGUGAUCAGUCAAUUAGCGGGUCAUUCUAAUGCCUAUCGAAGGGGAGUAGUAGAGAAUGUAUUUGUUGAAGUAAAUGACUCAAUUCCAUGCUCUACAUCAAUUUUAUUGGGAAGGCCAUUUUUAAAGAUAGCUAGAACAAAGAUAGAUAUUCAUGAGGGAACUUUGACUAUGGAGUUUGAUGGUGAAGUUGUCCACAUUAAUAUUUUUCAGGUUAUGAGGUAUCCAAGUGAUGUUGAUUCAGUUUCUUCAAUUGAUAUUCUAGACUCAUUGUCGCAAAGAAUUUUUUAUUUACAUGGAGAGGAUGGGUUAGAAGUUGUUUUGAGGGAGCCAAUAGACUUGAAGAAAGAGGAUGUCACUACUGAAGUAAAGGAGAUGGUGGAUGCACUUAAUAAUGGUGUAGAGGUUUCUAAAGAGGUAUAG